UAGCUACUCCUAUAAAGCGGCCAUAAACCCCACCGCCGAGCCAAGGAAGGCCGCCCCCGCCCAUCCAUCCAUCCGUCAGCUAGGUCACAGCAGGUCAGGCAUGCAUGCACCUCCGCCCCCGCUCUACCAGUAGACCACGGCGAGCUUGUGGGCGCGCGUCACAACGCAGGCCUACUCCGCUAGCCAGCCAGCCGGGGUAAAGACAGCAACCAACAGCCGCCCGCUGCGCUGCGCUGGCCCUAACAAACCACAACAGGACAAGAUCGGCCGAGGCGAAGCUGCUGAGCUCACGCCUCCUCUCCCCACGCGGUGAACGCGUGAAGUGAAGAAGGAGAAGAAGAAGAGAGGGAUCUGGCUGCUGCCGAGCCCCGAGGCCUCAUCGCAGCAGCUCGCCGCCAUGUACGCCGACGCCGGGUUCGGCUUCGCCGCCGCCUACUCCCCCGCGCUCGCGUCCUCGCAGCACCAGCCGCCCUUCGACUUCGCCUUCUCCUCCGCGGCCGCGGGCCCCGCCUCCAUGGACGCCACGGCUUCCUCCCUCCCGCUCCCGGAGAUGCCCGCCGCCCACCUGGGGAGCAUGGUGCAACCAUCCUUGGUAUCAGAAUAUGACCUUGGAGGAGAAGGGGACCUGUUCAAAGCUCCAGAAGUCAUCAUCGAAGAACCGUUGCUCAGCCUUGAUCCUGUUGCAGCUGCUAUUUCAAUGAUGUCUGGCAGCGAAAGUGCAAUGGAUCAAACUAUUAAGGAUGCAGACAUCGGCACCAUUCAAAAUGACCCUCUUCUAAGUGAAGUGUUAUAUGAGUGCGAAAAGGAACUAAUGGAGAAGUCCGCAAUCGAAGAGACAAUUUCUGAACUUCUGGAUGUUAAGAUUCCCAUGCUGCAAGUUGAAGAAAUCCCAAGGCAAGCUGAGCAAGUUCUUAUACAGGCUGAACUCCCGACCUUCGAUAAAGAGAAGCCAGCCAUUCCUGAAUGCUCACUCCAGAAAAGUGUUAGUUCUGGAUGCCUCAACUCAGCAGAUUGGAUGAAUGGACCCGUCAGGCCAAACUUUCUAGACUUCCAAGGACUGGACUUUGAAGCAGCAUUUGGACUGAGGAGAGCUUACAGUGAAGGAGACAUUCAGAAUCUCGGAGCCAACACGCCUCGACCAGCUGCGAACGCAACGAACCUUCAGACGCCUUGUGAGAGGCUUGUAACCAUCAGCGAUCUGAAGACCGAAGAAAGGAAGCAAAAGCUUUCCAGGUAUAGAAAGAAGAAGAUCAAGCGAAACUUUGGCAGGAAGAUCAAGUAUGCUUGCAGGAAGGCUCUGGCAGACAGCCAGCCAAGGGUGCGAGGGAGGUUUGCCAAGAUUGAAGAAUGCGACCUGCUGAAGCCGAGCAAGUAGAUGAUGGCAAAAGCUUGCGAGGAAUCCAGUGGAGAGCGAGCUUGAUGGAGCUUUGGCUUCCAGAAGCUUCUAGGUGUGCCACCUUGUGCGCUGGAGGUGGAGAGGCACCGCUUGCCCGUCGGAAUUCGUUUAGCUGUUCAAUUGAUCUCCUCUCUUUCUCUCGGGCUGCAUUCCAUUCUAUUCCCCGUAUAAUAAUAUCCGGUCCUUUGGUGCAACCGUGCAAGGGAGUGAAGAGCUGAAAAUGGUAGUCUAGGCCCUGUACAAAGGCUUGAAGAUGGCAAUAAAACUCAGCUCCCCUCUUGCUUGGCAUGUUGUAAUCCGAAUCUGACUGUCGGCACUGCACUCUUUGAUCAUCGAUCGUUUAAGCCUUUGAGCUAGCCAUGAA